CUCGCUCGCGGACUGCACACGCAGCUGUCAGCUCGUCACUUUGACACGCCGAGCGAGCUCUGUUUCCAGCAGAACUCACUGCAGCUGCUGCCGACGCCUGGGCCAGACGCGCCUCCUUGUCGAAGAGGGCAAAGACCUUCUUCUCCGGCGCCUUCAGCCCCGCCUGCUCGGACUGCUCGGCUGGCAGGUCGGGCUGCGCGGCCACCGCAGCAGCCACUUCGGCGGGCAGCGGCGCUGUAGAGCUCGGCGCCUGGUCGCCGCUGCUGCCCGCCGCUGCCGGCUCGUGUGCCGCCGGCGCCAUGCUCGCUCCGCCCGCGCGGGCAGCAGCACUGGCUGCGCAAUCAGCGGACCGGCUGCGCUCCCACGUCGGCAGAGAAAGCGUUGAGGGUGCAGUAGGUGUGUGCGGAGCGAGCAGGAGUGGAGCACAGAGUCCUUGAAGGUGAGGGCUGCGCGCUAGGCGGGAGGCGAAGAUGAGGGUGCGGCGGUGGUGUUGGUUGCGCGGAGCGAGCAGCUGCAGCGUGCGCCGCCGCGCGAAGCUUCAGCAGCCGGCGGCCACGGGUGGAGGCGCGCGCAGCACGCGACGCGUAGAGUGCACCGCCUCACGCGUGCGCCUCCUGCCUGCUGCUCGUCGACGUCCCCUCCUGCCUUGUGCCACCCAGGCAGGCCGCGCCAGGCACACUCGGACAGCAUCGCGCCGGGCUCAGGCAUCUUUCGCUCCGCUGAUGCCGCUUCUGCACCUGCGGAACCCGGAGAGCUCGGGUACGGAGCUGCGCAGAGGGGCACGGCAGCUAAGCUCCCUCGUCCCCGUGCGCGAGCCCAGACGGUGUGCUCUGCAGCCGAUGACGGCGUCGCGACUAGGCUGCGUUGCAGCAUGCUGCGCUGUGGGUGCUGCGGCUGCGGCACUUGGCCGCCCUAUCCGGUGCUCCUCGUCGUACAGAAGAGGCUGCCUCGCGGCUCACCCACGUCACUCCAUGUUGCCGUCGCGCAGCCUGCGCCAGCGUAGCUUGCAGCUCGCACAGCCCGCGACAGAGCCUGCACGUCGGAUGUCUCCAGCUGAGAGCCAGCGCCGCCGUCCGGGCCGGAGGAGGCGGUGGGUGCAUUCGCGUGGGAGCAGGCAGCCGCAGAGGCAGGGCAAGCGAAGUCGCGCCGCGGCGGGCGCUCGCUCGCGCCCCAACAAACCCUGCGCCGCGCGGUUCGCGAGAGCCGGUGCCUGACGCCCAGACUCGCCGGCGCACCCUUGAGUGGAACGCCCCCCUGACGAGCGUCGGUGGCCGACGUGAGCCUGCCUGUGCGGCGCCGUGGGCAGGAGCUGCUGGCUUGACUGGCCUCGCCUGCUGCGGUUCAGGUCUCUUGAAGACGCCUGUGAGGCGGCGGCGAGGCGGCGGCGAGGCGGCGGCG